AUGGCUGGAGGCCACGUCUUCGGGUUCCUGUUCUUGGCUGGUUUCUGCCUACAUGGCGUCUAUAUGGAACAACAGAGGGUGCUGGAGCAGAGGAAGCCGUUUUUCGAUCGGUUCAGGAGGCUGGAGGAACAGUUUCGACGAUUCCAAGAUAUGACGUUGAAACGCUUACAAGGCAUUGCCGAAAACUACAACAUCUCCUAUAAUAUCGAUGCUCGCUUCCACCAUCUUUCUGACCAGCAACAGUCUCUGGCAGAAGCCCUCAAUGCUUCAAGUGACGUGACUCAGCAAGAGUUGAAUGGGGUAAAGUUUUGGCUAAAAAAGGUUCAGAAGAAAACGAAAAAGUUGGAUUUGAAGAUCUCUUCCCUGGAGGGAACCAUGGCUGAGAAGAACAAGCAGAUAAACAAGGAAAACAAGGCCCAGGACGUGGCUAUGGGCAACUUCACAACGUUGCUGAGCAACCAGAAAAGGAUUAUUUACCAGUUGGUGAAAGACAAGGGCGAGCUACAGAAAGGGAUGGAGGUCUUCCGAGAGACUGUCGAGAUUCAGGGCAGAAAAAUUGCCGAGCUAGAAAAACAGCUGCAGAACAUGCAACAAAAUGAAAUUCUACCACUGAGCUCCUUAAUGGCUUCAGAGAUCAAUCGUACCCCUAAAGAAAAACAGCCGGACCCCCCACAAAAUGACCCAGGGCCAAUAACUGUCCAACAACGACUACUCAAGCUACAGAGCAAGCAUAACCAAAGGAAAAAGUUCCAUGAGGAGCAGCUACUGCUUUUACCCAGCAAAAACAAAAUGGAACCCAUGGCAGCUCAACAUGAUGUGGUAACCAGGAAUCUAGGUUCAACACAAGAGGAGAAGUCUGAUGUCCAAACUACGAUGGUGCCGUCCAUUACAAUGGGGCCAGACACAAACCAAAGGACCAGCCUCCUUGAGUUCCAACAAUUGCCUCCUCCUGUUACAGAUAAUAUUAUACAGAUAUCAGCCCAACGUAGCUCUGUGGCCAAAGACACCAGGCCACCGGGAGAGACAGUAAUACCUCUUCUAUCCACUAGGAAACCACCACAUACGACAGCUGCUUUAAAACUUGAAGAGAAAAGAACCAAAACCCCAGCCACUAUUUGCAAUGUGCACUCCAUGCUCAUUUUCCCAAACUCCUCCACGGAAAACUAUGUCACCUUCACCAAAGGCCUGAGGGAACCACUUCAUGAACUGUCUAUCUGUAGCUGGGUCAAAACCAAUGCCAGUUACCUGGGCACCAUCCUUUCCUACGCCACAGAAGAUAAUGACAACAAGCUGGUCCUCCACGGCAGGAACGGCGCCACCUAUGACGCUUUCCACUUCGUUAUUGGCGAUCCUGCCUUCCGGGAAUUACCUCUGGUGCCCUUGAUUGACGGCAAAUGGCACCACACUUGUUUCAUCUGGUCCUCCAUCCAGGGCAAGUACUGGUUCUACGUUGACCGUAGACUGACAUCCACUGGGUCGCGUUUCCAGAAAGGCUAUGAUAUCCCACCCGGAGGAUCGCUGGUGCUUGGGCAGGAGCAGGACACCUUGGGUGGCGGAUUCGACAGCUCGGAGGCCUUCGUUGGAAGUCUGGCCGGCUUUGCCAUGUGGAAUCGGGCCUUGUCGCCUGGAGAGGUCUCCGGCAUUGCCACAGGGAAAGGGUUGCCCAGGGGCACCAUUUUAACACUGGCGGAUGACCCCUUAAUUCAUGGAGCUGUAGAAAGGGUGGACUGUACCUGCCUGGAGCACUGUCCUUGAGAGUGCUACUCAGUCUAUUUUUGUACAUAUUGGAUA